CAUUUUUCCCCUUUUUCUUUUUCCGCCAAUUUCAGACUACAGAAGCUCUGAACAAGGAGGCUCCGUCGAACUGUUAAAGAAGAAAAACGCCUAAGCCCCCUUUAGCCAAUGGCCGAAGCGCUAAGCCCUAACCCUAGGCCACGGAUCCCUAUGGCUGCUCGCAUCCAGUCCCCAACAAGCCCCUUCUUCUUGGGCUCUAACGACGACAAACUCGAGCGUGCGCAGGCUCGAGUCGCGCGAGCCGCAGCUAUCCGCCGGAAGCCCAUAACUUCACAGGCUCAGCCGCCAACUGAUCCCGAUCCUUGCCUCGAUAAAGUUCAGAUUCUAGAGUUGUUCCAAAAUUGCAUCAAAUUGGCCAGUGAAAAUAAAAUUAAUCAAAAGAAUACUUGGGAGCUGAAUUUAAUAGACCAUCUUCGCGACAUUAUCAAGGUUGAAGAAGAAAAUGAUGUGGAGACGAACUUUCAAAAGGCCAGUUGUACUUUGGAAGCUGGUGUCAAGAUUUACUCGUUGAGGGUGGAUUCGGUUCAUUCAGAGGCAUACAAGGUUCUCGGCGGGAUAAACAGAGCAGGUUAUGAAAAUGAGCAAGGUUCUGGGAAGGAGGAUAUCAAUGCUGCCACCGCACAGAAAGGCAAUCCAAAGAAAGAGUCAGAGAAAAAGAUGUCACCUUUAUCAACAUUGGAAUCUUCUUUUGAGGCUCUUAAUGUAAAGAAAUUUGAUGUUGCCUUCGCAGUGGAUCCUCUAUAUCAUCAAACAUCUGCACAAUUUGAUGAAGGUGGAGCCAAAGGUCUUUUGUUGAAUAAUCUUGGUGUUUAUGCUGGAUGCCGGGUUCUCUUUGAUUCAUUUGAAGUGCCAGGGAAGGAAAUUCCUUGUUCAAAUCAACAUGAUGUAUCUGAAACAAUUGAUCUAUCUUUUGGUGAAGAAUACCUUGAGCGUAUGGUAUUGAACAUGCAAGCAAAGGAUGAAAUUUCACCGACUCUCAAGAAUAUAGUCAAUCAAUUUGAUGAAGAUAACAGAAGGCCACUGGAGAACUUUUCCUGCAGUCAGAGAUCAGCAGACCAAGCUUAUAGUAUAAAUAAUGAAAAUGAGUUCAAUGGUGUUGCAUUUGAGAGUUUUGAAACUGAUGGUUUUGAUCAUGAUGACCAGCCAAGCUAUGUCGAUGAGGAAUUUAACAGAGUGGAACCAUCUUUCACGAGUUAUCACGAGGAUACAGAGCAAUUUUCUUUUAACAAUCGCGAUGCAGAUGGCAUAUUUGAAGAAGUUGAUGAAUAUUUGUUUUUGAGCUUGGGAUUUCCUUCGAAGCAAAAUACUUGGGCCGGUCCUGAUCAUUGGAAAUAUCGGAAAACUAAAGGUUCUGAGAAUGUCUCUAACGAAGAAAAUGCAACAACUUUAACAACAAAGAAAGCCAGAAAUAAGAAACAAGCAGAGCCUGAUAUUGAUUUCACAAAAGCCUUGGAUAAUGAAGUGCCAGACAUCUUUGCUCCUCCUAAAAAUCUAAAGUCAUUACUGCUACCUUCAAAUAGAGCACCUUGUAAUACAAAGCUUCCUGAAGAUUGCCACUAUCAACCUGAGGAUCUUGUCAAAUUGUUUCUUUUACCAGAUGCGAUGUGCCUUGGCAGAAGGAGGAGAAGGAAGUUGUCUGACGAAUCAAGGGAACAGUGCGGUGAUUAUGAUCCACAGGCAUCCUGGGAAGAGCAAGGUGCAUUUGGUGGUUUUGAUGAUGAAGUUGAUCAUAGCGAUCUUGAUUACUCCGGCAUGCUUGUUUCUCAGCCUCGACAGGUUAGUAAAAUUGAAGUCGAGUAUGAUAAGGCAUCAAAACAAGUUGAUGUCCAAGCUUUGAAAGAAACUCUUUGGGAUCAGAUACAACAAUCUCAAGAAACAUCAUUUCAGAUCCCUGAAAAAAAGCUAUCAUUCAGGCAUCUCUUGGCAAGCUUUCCUGCUGAUUGCAAAGCAGCUGGAGCAACCAAGGAGAUUUCGCCUCAUCUGUUUUUCAUAUGCCUGCUACAUUUGGCCAACGAGCAUGGACUGUGCAUCCACGGUCAGCCUGACAUGUAUGAUCUUGGUAUACAACUUCCUCACUAGGGGAAGUAUACAAAUGAAACGAUCCAGUUCAUCUUUGAAAACUCAAUACUGCUUGUAAAAAUUGUUUAUUAGACCAGGUAGCUCAGCAACAACUGAGUUGCUGGGGCUUAUGAUAGUGAUGUAAACUUGUUCUUGUUCAUACUUUUAAGUAGGCUGCUUAAAAUCUCUACCUCAACACUAAGAGAUUGAUGCUCUGUACCUCAGAAUCCAAUGUUCUUUCAGAACUGUUGAUUUUUGCUACAUAAUGAUUAUUGUUGGGAGGUUAUUUUCUGCCAAUUG